GAGAUCUCCUCCUUCUUGUGUCAUUUCAAGGCCAUAGCCAGUGCUUUGUGACUGAGGCUCACGGGGUCCUCUAGCGGGCUUCGGUUCUUAAGGUGUGAUUCCUAUGCCUGAGAUCCACGAGAUCUACAGAUGGCUAAGCUUCAGAGCUGGCUUCUAGUGAGCUUAUUUCUCACUGAGGUUCUUCUUUUGGAGGCUGGGAAAAUCCUGACUAUAGCUACACUGGGUGGAAGCCAUUAUUUAUUAAUGAACCGUAUGUCACAAAUCCUUCAAGACAAUGGCCAUAAUGUGACCAAGCUGCUUAAUAAAAUUAUAUACAUCCCAGAAUUUCAAAAAGAGGAAAUAUCAUACCAGGUUAUAAACUUGGAUCUACCUGAAGAUCAACAAGAGGAAUUCCAUAAAAAACUAAAUCUCCUUUUAGAAGAAUUAGUUCGUCAGAGGAACGCACAUGGUGUCCUUGUAAAUAUAUAUAAAGUCUUUGGGGAUUUGUGCAGUCACUUUUUAGGCAGAGAGGACAUCAUGGACUCCUUAAGGAAUGAGAAUUUUGAUCUACUACUUUUUGAUUAUUUAGAUUUUUGCUCUUACUUGAUUGCUGAGAAACUUGAGAAAAAAUUUGUGACCUUUCUUCCCGUGCAAUUUAACUAUAUGGACAUUGUGCUACCAAGCCACUUGUCUUAUGUUCCAGUGUAUGGUUCAAGGCUAACUGACCAAAUGGACUUCUGGGGCCGAGUGAAGAACUUCCUGAUGUUCAUUGAUUUCUCCCUGAGGCAAAGAGAAAUAUUUUCUCAAUAUGAUGCCACCAUUCAGGAACAUUUUGCAGAAGGCUCUCGUCCAGUUUUGUCUGACCUUCUACCGAAAGCAGAGCUGUGGUUCGUCAACUCUGACUUUGCCUUUGAAUUUGCUCGUCCCUUAUUUCCCAACACAGUCUAUGUGGGAGGCUUAAUGGACAAACCUGCCAGGCCAAUACCUCAAGAUCUCGAGGAUUUUAUCUCUAAAUUUGGAGACUCAGGUUUUGUCCUUGUGGCCCUGGGCUCCGUAGCAACCAUGUAUCAGACCAAGGAAUUUAUUAAGGAGAUGAACAGUGCCUUUGCUCGCCUCCCUCAAGGGGUGCUGUGGACAGUUAAUGAUGCUCAUUGGCCCAAAGAUGUGAGAUUGGCCCCAAAUGUCAAAAUCAUGGAUUGGAUUCCCCAGAAUGACCUUCUGGCCCAUCCUAGUAUUCGAGUUUUUGUCACCCAUGGUGGAAUGAAUAGCAUCAUGGAGGCCAUACAGCAUGGAGUACCCAUAGUAGGGAUUCCAUUUUGUUCAGACCAACCUGAUAACUUGGUCCGAAUAGAAGCUAAGAAAAUUGGUGUUUCUGUUCAGCUAGAGACAAUCAAGGCAGAGACAUUUGCACUUACACUGAAAGAAGUCAUAGAAGACAAGAGGUACAAGUCUGCAGCAAUGACUGCCAGGGCCAUCAGGCGCUCUCACCCCCUCACACCUUCCCAGCGUCUGGUGGGCUGGAUUGACCACAUCCUACAAACAGGGGGAGGCGCACAUCUAAAGCCCCAUGGCUUUCAGCAGCCAUGGCAUGUGCAGCACCUGCUGGAUGUCCUGUUGUUCCUGCUGGGGCUCACUCUGGCCACCUUGUGGCUGUUGAAGAAAGUGCUGGGCUUGUUGCUCAGGCCCCUGUGUGUGGCUAGGAAGGAAAAGAAGGCAUAAAGUUAAGUUUGACCUGGGGAGGAUGUUGGGAGCUCUGGCUCUUUAAAGGCUUCCCCCUUUCCCUAGCACAGGGAACUCCCAGGGUUCUCCUCUUUCCCUCUUCUUGCUGGUGGACCUCCAGUUGUCCUCACUAUUUUCUGUCUUUUUCAUAAGCCUCAUACAGUACAUUGACUGAUGGAGACUCAGCAUUCCCUGGCUCUCCUUGCUCUAUCUAGUACAAACCUUCCUUUCCCAGUCAUUGUUUCUCUUUACUCCUUUCUGUCAUUCACGGAGUUAUGAGAGUUUCAUCAUCUCUGUGACUUCUAGUCUCUGAAUCUUACUUCUCCAGUUGCUUUAGAUAAAAAACCCCACAUAUUUACAAAUUUCACUUGCUCCUAUAUUUUUCUUUUCUUUUAGUCUGUGUCUCUUUAGAGUUCAGAAUAUUUGUCCAAUUUCAAGAUUCAAUAUGAACAAAUUUACUGACAAUGACAACAUAUGAAUAAAGUAAAUUAUUUUUUCUUAGUAAAAUCAAAAUUAAAGUUCAUAGAAAAUUGAAGUGUUGUGAGACAUAAGUUUUAUGUGACUGAUGUGAUAGAUUUAUUUUCUUAUGUCAGAGUAAUUAAAAUAAAGAAAAGAAACCACAGUGUAUCCACUUAUUGAAGUCACAACUAUGUGCAAAACAGAAUAAACCAGAGAUUUAUAAAUUGAUACAGAAUGAACUUCACUGCUGUUAAGUAAGAAGAUACAAAGAGAAGUGAUAAAUAUUGAAUGUCCUAUUUUUAAGAUGGUGAAAUUUGAGCAACAGCAAGGAAUGCGUGGCCAUUCUUAAUACAACAUUCCUUAUCCUUGAAAGCAAGUGUACAUGGAAAAUCCCAUGCGGGGUCAUCUGCAGUGUGGAUGAGGAACACAUAUCACAGCUCAUGUUAUGCACAGAAGCCAGCAUAUAAGGUGUGCUUAUAAAAUAAAAAAAUAAAAUAUACACAGAAACAAUGCAGCUCUUUUCAUUGGCAUUGUUAUAAUGAUGAAAAACAUGAAAGAACCUAAUAGAAUAUGAGUUGAGAAAGCUUAAAUUGUUCAUUAAUUUCUC